AUGGUGAAUAGUAAUUAUAGUCAGAAUAAGAAGAUAUUGGCGUUGGAUCUCUACAUUGAGAAUAGAGUGAUUUUACCCCGCCAUGAAUUCGAAGCAAUGGACCGGGCCAGAGAGAAGGAAGACCGUGUGUUACGACUUCAUCGAUUGGUUUCUUCCUUUGAUCUCUUUUUGGACUUUUGUAUAAUAACGAGGGAAAUAAAAAAUCAUGUUAGGGACACAGCGCCGAAGGAGAAGGCGUUCUUGGACAACAAGUAUGAACGUGACUUGGAAUUGUCAUUGUUGGAACGAGCUAUGAAGGACUACUUCCAGUCAUUAGAGACGCUCAGAUUUGAAGGUAAUACUAAUAAUGUUGAUGGUGAUGAACAAGUACUUUGUGCCAUUUGUAAAGAUGAGAUAUUAAUUGGUUCGCGGGUCAUUCGCAUGCCAUGCUCUCAUUUAUACCAUGUCUUCUGCAUUGCAGAAUGGCUCAAAAGGAGUCUUAUGUGCCCGUUGUGUCGCUUCAACUUGUCAACCACUUUCCCAAUGUAA